AUGAAUCGAUUCCGCAAGAACAAGAAGGCCAAGGAGGUGAAGGAUACUUUGGGUGAACUGGAGGGUGGUUCAUCGAGUUCCUCCCCCUUUAGCUUGAAACCGUCGAAGAAGAAGGAUACCCCCGAAUCGACACUACAACUAGACUUUGGCGCAGCCCUCCCGCCGACAGAUGAUUUCCGAACCAGUCUUCUAAUGCCGAAGCUCUCGGCCCGUUUCAGCAUGCUGAGAGAACAGGACGACCCGGACUCUAAGAUGGGCAAGGCUAGUGAUGACAGCGUUCUGUUCCCAAAGCGUGCCUCUCGACUGAACCUCUUUGGACACAACCCCAAUAUGCUCACCGAUAUCGACGAAGUAUCCUCCAACGAUGGCAGCUGCCGGCCUUCAAUCGCCCUGGGUCGCACCGACUCAUAUGCUUCUGGUGAUUUAGGGUAUGGCACAGACGAUGAUCGUUCCCAAAGUGGAAGCAUGAUGAGCAGAGCUCGACGAGCAGAUGGCAACAACCUAUUCGGAGGCCGCCAAAAGGUGUACCGGAUCCCUGUACGCCCUGGCGGAGCACCGUCACCUGUUUCGCCCAGUGCGGCUAGUGGAAUGGGAAAGGCAGUGUACGAGCAUGACCUGAACCUGUCCGCUUUCCAAAAGAUGAGACUUAAGGAGAAGGAAGAAAGAAGGGCUGCAGAAGAAGCCGCAAGCGACUCCCUCUCCCACGAAUUUGAAGACGCCAAUUCGAUCAGUUCGUCACACAACCGCACAACUUACUCUUCUACGGCGUCUGGACCUACCGUCGAUCCUCGUGCAUCAACUGCAGCUACCUCGAUUGACGAGAGUCAAUUUGGGUCAUCUCAACCACAGCCACCUUAUACAGGAGCGCCAGAAUGUUCUCCCGCUAUGUCUGCCCCACGAAAUGGAUCUGUCCGAACCCGUCGUCUCUAUGGCCAGGGCUUGACACAGGCUGCACAGAGCCAGCAGAACUCAACCUUGAAUCGUCUUGAAAGCCUGAGUCGCCAGCGUUCUGGAACACCAGAUUCGACUUUGAAUCGUAACUAUUCCCGGAGUGCCGUCAACCUACGUGAUCGACUGCAGAAACUUGCCAUCGUGGAGCCAGCUACUACGUCUCGACCGACCAGCCCGCCUUCUUCUGCUACAUCGCCGAAGCAAGCGCCAAUUCCCGAGCCGCUCUCCAAGGAACGUAUCUCACCUACUGUAGUUACCUUUGGAAACGCCCCUCCAUUGAGCCCCCCUUCCAGCGAAACUGGCGAUGGUGCUUCUUUAUUAGCAGCGGCUCUAAACCCGGAGGACCACGGCAAAGCCACCGCCAUGGGUCUCUUCAACAGACCCGCCACUGGCUUCGAUGAGCAGGCAUUUUCGCGCCGUCAACUCGAGAUGCACCAAGGUCGGGCCACUCCUCCACCACGACGACCCUCGCCCCCACGCCAGGCUCCUCGGUAUGAAGCCGCAGGUCGCUCGCGAGGCAUGUCUAAGUCAAGCUAUCGGUCUAGAGCCGAGUCGGCUUCCUCACACUAUAGCAGCGAUGCUCAUCACGGUAUGGAUCAGUCCCGGGAUGCAUCGCCUUCGCGACCUGGGGUGAGAACCUUCUACGCCAACUCGACUGCAAGCGAAUCUGGAGAUGAAGGCGACGAGCGCCCGUCUUAUGAUGUCUCUUCGGUUACAUCGGAAUAUGGACAAUCCCUACACCAUUCAAGCAUCGCCUCCAAACCACCUACGCCAAAUGGUGAGCAUCUCGAGACUCUUCCUGAGGUUCGGUAUUCGGAUCUCGGUGACCUUAAGCCCAUUGAAGAGAAUUCGAUGCUGGAAGCCACGGUAUCCGACGGGGAUAGCAACAAUGCACCCCAAAGACCCGAUUCUCCAGUCCUUCAAGCUGGAUUCGGUCUGAAAGGAAUAAGUUCUCAUCUUCGCCAAGAGAGUGAUGUAUCCUCCAUCUACCCUCCCCCCUCCCCUCAGCUGCCACAGUACGAGCAGGACGUCCGGCAAGACACUGUCCGUGAGAAGCAGAUCUCCCCUGUCGAAGAGAAUGCACAGGAAGAGGCAACUCGCUCAUCUACUGAGCAGCCGGAGACAUCGAGUCCGCGCGCACUCUCCCGACACUCUUCUGAGACGACCGUGAACCGUUCCAGCGAGGACUCUUCUGAUAACGGGGCUUACGAAAAGAAUUCCUCGUGGAAGGAAGAGCUUCACCACCACCACCACCGCAGAGAAGGCAGCACCGAAACCCAGAGGGAACGAGAAGAAUUUGCCAUCGAGCUCGCUGAGCGACGCAAGAAGGUCCAAGAGAAGCUACGCAGCGUAGCCGAGGGCGAGAGUCGCCCUGGAAGUCCUACGACUGGUCGUUCAACUCCGGAUCUGAGUGGACCCAAAGCCGGCAAUGCCUUCUCUCUUCUGAAGCACAAAUCAAACAAGCCGAGCUUCCAGAGACCCGAUCAGAAUGGAUUGUACGGCUUUAACAGUUCCUCUAGUCCUGCGUUGAUAGAGGAGACCUGGCGCCACGAUGAACGGCCUCAGACGAACUUGCGCAACGCCAGCUCCCCCCCCAUAAGCCAUGAAGAGUCCCGCGAGUCUAGCCGCAGCCGUGGUCCCUCCCCGCAACCUGGUUUUCGAUCUCAGCGAGACCGCUCGGGUUCUGAAGGCUCAGGCCGCUCAAAGAGCCGCACCAGACACCGCGACCGCGAUGAUCUUGAAACUGUCCAAGAAGGAACGGUCAUUGCCCACGACAAUUUUGUGAUGCCGGACAAUUUUGAGCCCCCUGUACCCGUCUCGGUCCCUGGUUCGCGACGCCAAUCGUCAGAAUACAACGAGCCUGUCAUGUAUGACCGCCCUCCUUCUGCCGCGUCAGGCAGAUUUCGCAGCGCAAGCCGUUCUGGUACCCCCAGCUUCCACUACGAGCGACCUUUCCAACUCUCGCAAGCCGCUCACCCCCCUCUCAUCAUUGGUGCAACUCCACGCCCGUCCCCAGCGACCCCAGCCUAUUCGGCCAAUGCAACCCCUCCACUGAACAAUGUUCCCUCCGACCAGUCUUCGGUAUCUCUGGCUGCAGCUGCAGCUGCAGCCAGCAGUGCGAACACCCUGCCUCAGCGUGGUCCCGGUCACGCCAUGCUUCAAAAGCGCCCUAUCAACAAGAAGCUGAUUUCGGAACCGACCUUCGUCUCAUCGACAUCUAACGUCCCCACCGUCGGUCUCCCGCCAGGUGGUGCUUCUCCACCCAACGGUGCACCCCCUCUCCCUCCAAUGAACCCGCGUCGUCGCCGUGGAACCCAAACCAUCCUCGGCGCCUUCCGCGCUGAUAGGCACGACUCGUCUCGCUCUGGAUCCCCAGCUCCGAGCUUCUCAGAUGAGCGUAGCUCCUUCGUUGAUGAUGAGAAGCGCCCCCAAUCCCGCAACCGUCUCCGCAAGACAUCCAGUGCCGGUGGCAGUCUGAGCGCCCGGGCCCGCCAGGAGGCAAUGGCCAGUCCAGCCCCUGCUGUCCCCCAAUAUCCUCCCCCCGCCAUUCCCGUGGACGGCGGGAUGUUCUAA